AUGAUUGAUUCAGAGUGUCGGCCAGACUUGUGGACGUGCAAUGCCAUGGUGUCAGUUCAUGGCCGGUGUGGGAUAGCACUGGAGGCUGAGCAGAUGUUCAUGGAGCUGCUACACAAGGGUUUUAAGCCGGAUACAGUUACCUAUAAUUCUCAUGCUUUUGCGAAGGAAGGAGAUGUCGACGCAGUGGAGCGGGUGUGUGAGGAAUAUGUCAAGAUGGGCAGGGGAAGGUGUAUAUGA